UCAGGGAGCGUGCAGCACGGCGAUCGGUGGUGCGCCGUGUCCCUCGGACACAAGGGAUCACCGAUCAACAGAAAGAGCCGAAGAUGUUGGCUCGGUCAUGUGAUCAGCUGUGUCCAAUCACAGCUGAUCACAUGGGACAUGUACACUGAUCAUCAGGGCACUAAUGAUCAGUGUGCCCUGAUGAUCAGUGUAGCACCAGCAGAGCCACCUGUCAGUGCCCAUCAAUGCCAGCUGUCAUUGCCCAUCAAUGCCACCUGUCAGUGCCCAUCAAUGCCACAUAUCAGUGCCUACCAGUGCACAUCAAUGCCACAUAUCAAUGCCCAUCUGAGCUGCCUUUCAGUGUCACCUAUCAGUGCCACCUAUCAAUGCCAAUCAGUGCCACCUAUCAAUACCAAUCAG